UUAUAGUCUGCACCGAAAUUACGGAUGGUGCAAACAUUUGCGCCUUGCCUUCGCCGCAGGAAAUUCAAUAAAUGCAACCCACCUUCAAUUCUUCAAUCAUUUUCCCUUUCCUUUCCUCUAAAUCUGGGCCUGCCUUGCCUUGCGAUUAGAUCGUUCAAAUUCUGCUGCCCAAGUGCCAUUCUUCACGAUUUGUUGAAAUUGCCACACCAUUUGAACAUCUUCGACUCUUCCCGACGCGCUGGCAGUGGGGCUCAUAUAUUUGUUGUGAGCUCUUGAAAUAAAGAUGGUGAAAUUGACUAUGAUUGCUCGUGUCACUGAUGGCCUUCCGCUAGCAGAGGGACUGGAUGAUGGCCGGGAUGUUCCGGAGAAUGAUUUUUACAAGCAGCAAGUUAAGUCGUUGUUCAAAAAUCUCUCAAGGGGGCAGAAUGAACCUUCCAGAAUGUCUAUUGAAACAGGGCCAUACAUAUUCCAUUAUAUUAUUGAGGGUCGUGUUUGCUACUUGACAAUGUGUGAUCGUGCUUAUCCUAAGAAGCUUGCUUUUCAAUAUCUGGAAGACCUUAAGAAUGAAUUUGAACGUGCUUAUGGGAAUCAGAUCGAAACUGCUGCAAGGCCUUAUGCUUUUAUCAAAUUUGAUACAUUCAUACAGAAAACGAAAAAACUGUACCAAGAUACGAGAACACAGCGCAAUAUUGCAAAGUUGAAUGAUGAACUAUACGAAGUUCACCAGAUAAUGACUCGCAAUGUACAAGAAGUGCUUGGUGUUGGUGAAAAGUUGGACCAGGUUAGUCAAAUGUCCAACCGUUUGACAUCUGAGUCCCGCAUAUAUGCUGAGAAGGCAAAAGAUCUGAACCGUCAGGCAUUGAUUCGGAAAUGGGCCCCUGUUGCUGUUGUACUAGGAAUCGUUUUCCUCCUUUUCUGGGUUAGAAACAAGUUCUGGUGAUGAUACAUCCCAUCCGCCUGCACUAUAUCGGCUGUUUUGACCUCCUACACAAUCUGCAAUUCCUGAUCCAUGAUUGUGAUUUAUCUUUCCUCAUCACUAUCAAAAGCUCUGGUCGGUCUCAAGGAUUAACAUUAACUUAUCUUGGAGGAUGCCUGAUGCCACAUAUUUACCCAUUAGCCUCUCUUAAAAACCUGACUAUAUCAUGCUCGGUCUCAUAUAUUUGUUUUCUGCACAUAUCUACACACCGUAAACAUGUUGCCAAGAUUAUUGGUGAAGUUGGCAUAGAUGCUUGAGGAACAAUCCUCCAAGAGUGGAUCAUAUUUGCAAUGGUGAUUGGGGAGCUGUAGUCUAAGCUUGUCAAACCAAAUGAGAUCUUGGCUAUCGAUGAUAACUGAGUUACCUGAAUGCUGUUGUUUUGUACUGUGGAUCUGCCGCCACAGCUUCUUGAGUAGGGCUUAGCUUUGUAGAUUGAACAGCUGCUCAGAUUUGUAGGAUUUUUGUUCACAUAAAGCUCUAAGAUAACUUACUGUGCAACAAUUUAUAUAGAAGUUAAGCUGAAAAGGAAUUGUGUAUGAA